CCUGCAGUAUCCGCUACAGCUUCACGGCUGGCUAGUAAUAUGCUUGUCUUCUUCGAUAUGAGAGUUAUGGAAGUUAGGUUUACCAAGCUGGGCGAAAAAGACAACGAAAAGCUCAAAGCUCAUGUAGAUAAGAAAAGAAGAAAUGCAGAACAAUAUGUGAAGUGGAUGUUAGAAAGUGGGCUAUUGGAGCGGUUAGAAAAGCCGAGGGCGCAACAAACACUGCAAGAUGCCUUUCAAGAAAAAGAAGGUCACCAUGUUUGGGAGAAAGAUGACUUAGAAGGCAUCUACACUGCGGAGUUGGAGUUUCAUCCAAAAAAUCAAAAAGCAGCCUCACAGCAGGCCCACCAAAAUCAUUAUUGUCUGCAUCUCCGCCACCCAUGCGGCAGUACGAUCCAUGUCGCUAUGUCUCUGAACAUAUUUCUCAGUACGGAGCAGAUAGAUGAUGGGGAAUAUGAUGACGAUUUCCGUUAUCGAUACACUCGCUAUAGAAACGAAGAAGGACAGUCGUUGAUAGAGACAGCGGAGCUAUCGUAG